AUGGACCGCGCUCGCCGCGCAACAAACAGCCGCCGCAAGCCCCAGGGAGCCUCUUCGUCUCCUCCGUCCGCGACUGCAUCGGCCUCUGCUGCGUCUGCGUCGGCGUCGGACGCCUCCCUGGAGCGCCAUCAGUCGUCGGCCAGUCCCAUCAUGGCGCAUGCCACUAACACUCCCACAACCGCACGGCGCGCCAACAAAUCCCUUCAGCCUGCCUUUACCUUUUCCACGCCAGGCCCUGUCCGGCCGUCGACGCUGAGGAAGUGGUCCAAGACCAUGGACGACUACGCCGUGGCCGACGACGGUGACUUUGAAAACGACAGCCCCAAAAAGGGCGGUCACAGCCUGCGCAAACGCGCGCGUGUCGACUACACCCUGGAGCAGAUUGACGACGACGGUGACUUUGCGGCCAACGCUGCGUCCGCCUCAGCCUCGGCAGCGGCAGCGGCGUCUGCUGCAGCCUCUCGCAACGGCAAGAAGCGACGGACCACGGAGGGCUCCAACUACGACUCUGAGGAUCUCUACGGGCCCAGCCCCAAGCGGCGAGGCGUCUCCGUGGACGCUGACACGCCCUCGAGCCGGCGCCGCUCGUCCGCCCGCAAGCUGCUCGAGGCCAAGGCCUACAAGGACGACGUCGACGACGACGAAAAGGACGUCCAGGACACCAUUGAGGUCGGCGUGACGGCGUUUGCAGGCCCGGACAGCUCGCCCUCGGAUGCCUCGUCUGCAGACCUGUCUCUGUCUCUGGCGGCCGGCCCACAAAAAUCUACACCCGUCCAGCCAGCGUCUGAGCAGCAUGACAGCACGACUCUUGCCGGCCUCGCCGAACAGCAGCAGCAGCAGCAUCACGACGACGCUCAAGAGCCAGCCUCAUCUUCGUCUAUGUUGGAUUCCACCAGCAUGGCAGCCGCCACGGCCAGCGGCAGCCUCAAGCCUCACUCACCCUCACCCUCACCCUCACCCUCACCCUCACCCACGCCUCACUCACCCGCAGACGCUCACCCGCCGUCCGUGUCCGCGCACGCGCCACACCUCACCACAACCGCACCAGCCUCAAACCCUCCUGCCCAGCCACAACUCAAAUCGCAAGCCCGCGACGCCACUUUUGGGCCCUUUGCUGCUUUGGACGAUACAGUUCAGGGCGACGACUCGCUAGCACAACAAAAGGCAGAGGCAGAGCCCAGCACACAUAUAAACAAUGGCACCGACAACCCGCAGGCCGCUGAGGAAGCUGUGCAGUCUUCAUCAUCUCUCUCUCUGCAUCCUCCAUCGCUGCCUUCAUCGCCGCUUCCCGCAUCGCAAGCUGCCGCAAAAGACGACGCUUACACGCCUGUAACAGCCGCUGUUGAUGACAAAGACACCCGCGCUGAAGCCGCUGCACCUCUCGAGCCGUCUCUCCAACUUCCCGAAAAGGAAAUUCUCCAGGGCCGCACAGUUGAGCCGCAGGACAGCGAGACGCCUGCCCAGCCUCGGCCGCAGUCUGAGUCCGGGGCUCAAUUGCUCCCUCAGCCUGCUGCAUCCGCCUCUGUUUCUGCUUCUGCUCAGGAGCAGCCAUACUAUCCUUCGGCUGCGGCUCACUUGUUUACCGUGUCUGCCCCAUUGGCGCAGCACCCUCAACCUCAAUAUCAACCUCAGGCCCAGCCUCAUCCUCAACCCCAAGAACCACAAGAUCGAGAUCAAGAUCAAGAUCAACCCCAUACACCUGCACCAGACAUGUCCAUCGACAAACAGGAGCAGUCUCCGGAGCAAGACUCCAAGGCCUCCAGCCCUGUGCCCGCCGUAGCCAUCUCCGUCACCGUCGCCAGCUCUCCAGCGUCACCCACCACGUCUGGUUUUGACUCGGCCGUCAUGGAAGCCUCGCAGUCGACAAGCGCCGACACAAAGUGCGCCGACCAUCUUAUCCCACAGCCCGAGGGCGAAGAGGUCGCCGCCGCCACUACUCAGUCAUUGGCAGAUGACCAGACUCAAGACUUGGAGGCGGAUGCCACAAGCCGAGCAUCGCCAGCCGUCUCCGAGCAAGAUGCAUUGCCGGGUGAUUACAUUCCUACUGGUAAAUGGAGCCAUCUCACCCCUUACAUUGAAGGUGAAUGGGUCUGGUACCCCGAGAAGAAGGCGCCUCAAGAAGACGAGGCCGUCGCCAACGAGGACCCGGCUGCCGAUGACUUGGAGCCAGUUGCCGAGGACAACGACGACGUUGCCGACGCUGGCACUGGAGCUCCUACUAACGCCCUCAACACCCCAUUGCGAGGAUCACCCGUUCCCGACUCAAUGGAUCCCACCGCUUACAACUCUCCCGCCGCCGGCGGAGAGGACGGUGACGAAGUGGACGUCUCUGAAGAAACGCCCGAGCGUAGCCGCUCAUACCGCUACCGCAGAGUCAGGAACCCCCAAGAGUUCCUCGACCUCAUCAAAAACUAUGAGACCAUGCCAACGGAAGAGCUCAGGCAGGCUCUGCACGUCAUCACCACCGCCAUGGCCCACUGGCAAGACGAGUGGAAUUGCCUCGGCCAAGAGGUCGAUGACUACGAAAACUCACUGCGCCGGCGCGCGGCAGACAUCAAGUAUGAGAACCGGACACGCAACCUGAACCAGCAGGGCAUCAGCUGGGAGGAGCCCGAGUUUUUCCCCAAGGGCUACAAGGCCAAGGACAAAGAAGGCAUGAAUGAGACGCGCUACCUCCAAGCCCAGGACAAGAUCAUGGCCGCCUCUUACGGUUUCGAGUAUGAUCCGCACCCCUCCAAGAUUGGCCGCCAGAAUCCCGAGACCCAGCAGGCGGGCAUCAUGACGCGCGGCCGUUCGCUGCGCAACCAGCCCAAGCCCACGGCCAAGGCCACCGAGGCGGACGAGGUCACCGGCAAGAGGCAGCGCAAGCCCGUCCAGCUGUUCGACCCGGCCACCCAGGACGUCAGCCGCGCCGCGACGCCCGUGCCAGCUUCCAGGCCUCGCCGACGCAGGACCGCCAACGGCGACAACGACGACGGCCAGGCCAACGCCGCCGCCGUCUUCAACGGUGAGCCCGUCGCCUCAGAGGAAGAGGCGACUAGCGAUACCAAGCGAAGACGCAACCGCGCGACCCGCGCCAAGGCGGCUGUCGUCCCCAGCAUCGUCGAGGAGCUCGUGGCUGCCCCUGCCAUUGAGGAGGCCGCCGCCGCCGUGCAGACCCCAUCCAAGUCGGGCCGCAAGUCGCGCGCCAAGCAGCCCGUCAAGUACGACGACGAGCCGGUGCCCUUCCCCUCCGUCGAGGAGGAGCCGCAGCAGGAAGAGGAGAAGCCGCAGCAGCCGCGGAAGCGCAUGCUUACCCUCAAGAUCCCCAAGGGCAAGAACAUCAGCGAGCCAUCUUCGGCCAUCACGGACAAUGGCGAUUCGCGACCUUCGACAGCCAAUUCUGAGUCUAGUGUGCACACUGCCGAGUCGUCGUAUUCGUUCCGCCCUAAGCGCCAGAAGCGAUUCCGCGACGAGCCCGAGGAGAGCGAGGAGGCCACCGCGCAGCCUCCUCCCGCCAAGAAGAGGAACAAGCGCACCAACGCCGCCCCUGCUGCUCCCGCUCAAGCAUACACUCCCACUCCCGUGCCUACCAUUGAGGACGAACUUGCUGCCCCAGAGCCCGUCGAGGCCGACGCCGCUCUCGGGGUCAAUGGCCGUAAGAUCCAGAAGAUCAAGGUUGUCCGACAGACGCCCGCCAGCCGCAAAGCAACGCCGUCGGCAUCGGUGCCGCCCACCGGCGAGGAGGGUGAGGAGCCCCAGAAGGACUACAAGUCCAUGACCAAGUCGGAGAAGAUGUCCGCGUCUAUGAAGAGUCGAUGGGCCAACGGCAACAUGGCUGGUGCUGUCGAGAAGCGAAAGGCGACCCUCGCUGCGAAAAAAGCCGCCCAGGCAGCGGCUGAGCAGAGGGUUGGACUGAUCGCUCCGAAGCCCAAGGUGAAGGCGGCCAAGAAGGAGCCGGUCGAGCAGACGGAGAUGCCUCCGGCCUUUGCUCCCCAGCAGCCUCAGCCGCAGAUUCCCGGAAUGGGAUACCCGUUCCCUCCCUCUUAG